CCGCAACGUGGACAGCAAGCACAGCAAGGGCAGCAAGGGCAGCAUACGCCUAGCAACUUCACAAACAACGCAAGGUACUGGCAGAAUCGGAGAGACAUGGAGGAUGACUUACGUAGAGUUAAGGAGUGGGUGGAUAUGCAAGUCAGGGCGCAACAAGAGGAAGCUGAGAAGAAGAGACAAGAAGAGGAACGGCUGAAGAUGGAAAGUGAGCUUAGACGYAAAAGACUGGAGCAGGAGCGGCGCGAAGCAGAGCUUCRUAGGUUGACUGAAGAGUCGGAGCUCCGUACCAUUGCUGUCGUUGCGCGAGAGCUGCAGAGCUUUCGCGCAUUCCAUGCUAAGCCUACCAGGAAGAAGGUGAAGGAUGUAGUGGCCAGAGUAGUGUCAGCAAAAGUUGRCAUCAACAUCCGGAAGAAGAUACUCAUCCGGMUGCGAUAUGACAAUACAAUCAAGAAGAGAGAUGUUCGGAUUUUGGYGGAGGAGGAAGUGGAAAASACAGACCUCCAYCAGUCAAUCAAAGGAGUUCUGAARAGGAAGAUCAAGGUAGUCUGGCAGAAGAAUAGYASGAUCACUACGCUAUUGUGUAAUCACCAUAAGGCAGCAAGAGGAAAGGAGGACAGCUGCACGUGUAGCGAGUUUGAUCUGCCUCGCUSCGAAGGACAUGUACUUACCAGAAUCUCCGAGCUGCAGAAYGUACGGACGGAGAUGAURAACGGCAAGAACAUUGCAARACCGACAUGGAGAAUCCGRGAGCAACAACUCCAAUCAGUACUCUACCUAUCGUUGAAAGACGUAYUGGGUAGCAAGAUGGUGACGACGCAACAAUCACUGCAAGUGCUAGAUUGCCUGAAGGUGAGGAAGGAAKAAGGCGCUGAUGCGAUAGAAGAAGAAGAGGUGAAGCGACUGAGCMGRCGGUUAAGCGGRCUGGYUAUUKCUCCAGUGGACCGGAACCAGGGUGACUUGGCGAUCAUGUGCCCUUCAACGUACCAUUGGGGGCUGAAGAAGAUGUUCACGUACAAUGCAGCAUACACUCCAGUGUCGAAGCACGAAGUGGAGGUUACCAAGGAAGCCAGGAGGGAAUACAAGGACGCUGGCCUGGAUAAAAUUGCAACGUGGAACGGGAAAGGGAAGAUCGGAAGAGCGGUAGCAUUGGCGGAGAAAAAGUUCAGUGCCAAGGAUGGCGAUAUUGCGCUGCUCAGAAGCUACGACAUCAAAGAAAUGUUUACAUCACUCCCGCAUGAUGCCAUCUUGGAGGCAGUGGACUGGCUGCUGAAGGAAUGGGAGAUACGGGGCAGAACAAGAGUGAGCGUAUGCAGAAGGGGCAAGGCAGUGGUUCUGAACAAGAAGAGUCUAGCUUUGGGAAGUGAUAGGAGGCUGGUGCAUGGCUCGAGAUUCAUGGAUGAUGUAGCGGUUGCGGUGCUUGUGAAUAGGGAAGUGGAGGCCUCCUUCGAGAGGGCGAAGGAGAUUUUUGCCGGGUUUGAGAGCUGCUAUGGCGACAGAUUGCAGAUUGUGCGCACAGAUACAGGAGACAACACAAUUGAUUUUAUUGGAGCAAGGGUUACCGCGAUUCCCAACCCUGUCAGGUUCCUCAUCGAACCCAAGACGAAGAACCAGUACUGCAUGCUGAGGGAAGGGCUACCAUUCAGGUCAUUCCAGGACUUCCUCUCAUACUCAGACAAGAAAGCGAAAUGCGGGGCAAUCAGCGGCGCAGUGCACCGGAUCAAGCAAAUGGGUAAUGCCACGUGUACAGAACUACUACCCCUGCUUGCCACCAAGAGGGAACUACGACGCCGGGGAUACCCCUCGGCGUUCUUCCCCGCAGUCUUGGCAAGGAUUGCCAAGGACACCACGGCUACCUGGGACUGCCUCCUGAUGCAGACCCGAUAGCCAUGGUACGCGACGGCGCUACUUGUAGUUAGUUUUCUCCCGCCCUAAGUGCUCGGGAUU